GCCGCUUUUGAUUGUCCCGUGAAGUUGGUGAGUUCGGCGAGUCACAUAGGUGGGGUACUGCGUCUACCCGUGAAACAACAGACAAAAGAUCGUUCGUGAUGUGUGUUUGUCCGUGGAAGUGGGGCUUUAAACAUAAUAGUAGAAGCCUCCAUCCUACAAGUGUACUUGAUCUCUCAGUUAACCUGAAAACUAUUUCCAAUUCGGAGCGCAGUUAAGGAUCCUUCGAACUCAACAUGGCGUCCGAGAAUACCACCCCACCGAACCGCCCACCACCAUUCGUCGUCAAGCCCACGUCGCACCAUACUCACACCUUCAUCCUCCUACACGGCCUAGGCUCGAAUGGCGAAGAAUUUGGCCGGCAAUUCCUCGACACCGGGAUUUGCUCUGACGGUCGGAAACUGACCGACGUUUUCCGUGGAGCGCGAUUCAUCUUCCCCACGGCCAAAAGACGACGCUCUAGCGCUUAUGGUCGAGCUAAGUUGACACAAUGGUUUGAUAUCGCUUCUUUGGAUGAUCCGUGGCAUCGGCCGGAUACGCAACUAAAAGGGCUUGCCGAAUCCUCUGCGGAGAUUCUUGGCUUGGUUAAUGAGGAAAUUAUGAAAAUACCCCGCGACAACAUCAUUAUUGGUGGGCUAAGUCAUGGCUGCGCAAUGGCCUUAUCUUGCUUGCUAGCACUGGAUUUCCCGCUUGGGGGGUUUAUAGGAAUGAGUGGGUGGCUACCCUUCCAGCCUGAUAUCGAGGAACUGUUGAAGACUGGAGAUGGAAUUGGUGAUGAUGAGGAUCCUUUUGGGUUUGAUGAUGACGACCCGUUUUCCACAACAGACGGAGAGGCUCAGGAGCAACGGGACACAGCCAUCGACGUUCUUAAUUUUUCUAGAGAGCUGUUGUGCUUGCCCAGCCCGAGCAGCCCAACCCAGGAUACCACCUCGAUAACGACUCCGGUGUUUCUCGGACAUGGGGAUGCUGACGAGAAGAUCAAGCCUUCAUUCGGAGAGAAUGCAUCAGCUACUCUGAAGUCGAUCGGGUAUAAGGUAACUUGGAAACGCUACAAAGAUCAAGGACAUUGGUACAAAAUACCAGAUGAGAUUGACGACAUUGUCCAGUUUAUUCAGUCAGCUUAGAUUUAGUGGAGAGUCAGGAAAGGGGUCAACUAAUCCUUAGGAUAUUAUUAUAUUAACUAUAUUUUCAC